UUUGCCAACGCCUAUGAAAAUUUCCGCACUCUGCAUGUGUUUAUAGCUACACAAUAAUCAAAAGGCAAUGAAUUUUCUUCCUAUACCAAACAACUGAAUAACUAUAUUCUUGAUGCAAUAAGGAUUAAACAUAAGCAUUUAAGCGGAUAUCUUCAAUAUGAAGGCAAAAACUUUUGCAUCAGCACGAGAAUUCAACGAAACUCUUUCGAUGGAAACGUUUUCACUCCACGAGUCGAUCAAAGGAAAGAAGCAGACACAAUUCAUGUCAUUAAUUAAAGAGAUUGCAUUUAAGGAAAGACUUAAGCGAGAUGACUCGUUAAGUUUAGAAUCGUCAGAAAAACAAUGCCUCUCAGAGGGUAUAUUAGAAUGCAAAUUAUUAUUGAUGCAAAUCCAUUUGAACAUACCAGACAAUUUGGAUAGCGCCACGAAUAUUGUGAAACAUCAAAAUAAAUUAAAAGCGACUUAUGAAAUACUUGAAAAGAAAGGAAAUGUGAAUACCGACGAUGAAAGUUUUAUCCGAAUGCAUGAUCCAGAGAGAAAAUAUCUACAUGGAAAAGAAAAUUAUAUGAAAAUGGUUAAUGCAGAAGGAAUACCAAGAAAAGAGUUAGGCGAUUUAUUGAGACUCCGUGUACCUCAAUAUCAUACACAUUAUCUUUAUCCUUUAUCAAGAUCUAUGUCUAAUGAAAUGAUGAGAAUUUCAUCAUUAAGUACAUUCCCACGUGAUAUAGAUAUCAGCAUGACACGUUUAGCAAGAGCUGGUUUUUUCUUUACUGGAGAGGGCUGUGCAACAAAAUGUUAUUCAUGUGGUACAACUUACGACCAAUGGAAAUCGGGAGAUGAUCCUUCAGCAAUUCACAAAAGUAUAUCACCAUCUUGUAUACUUGUGAACAGUUUUGGCUGUGAAAUACCUCCGCUUGAAGGCGAUAGUUACUUAGUAAGAACAUCUCCAAAAGAUGCCUCUACAUCUAUGAACGUCGGUGUUCAUGACAAAAAUCUUCAACAAAGUCAAGGUACAGCAUCUUCACCAAGAGAUGCGUACACUGGUCACAAGAUAACGACAGUGAAUGCAAUAAGUGUUCCAAUUUCUCAUGCUUCAACCGAAAAUGCGGCUAGAAAUAUCCCAAACAGUGACAUAACAGGAGAAACUGGUGACGAUAUUAAAAAUAAUUCAAGGACGAACGACUGUCAACACGAUUAUGCAUCGCUUGGUAUUAACAUUGACAAGCCGAAGUAUCCAGAUUAUGCUGCUCUCCACGUUCGAAUUAGCUCCUAUCAAGGAUGGCCAUCGUAUCUUGACCAAACACCACGCGAGAUGGCUGUAUCCGGAUUCUUUUUUGCAGGUUAUCAUGACUAUACGAGGUGUUUCUUCUGUGGAGGUGGACUACGAAACUGGGAGCUUGGUGACGAUCCUUGGGUAGAGCAUGCGCGUUGGUUUCCACAAUGUUCUUUUUUGAAACAAAACAAAGGCGAUGUAUUUGUUAAUGACAUUCAGAGACGGAAACAACAAUUGUCAUUGUUAGCUGAAGUUAGCGGUAGUAGAAGUACACAGACUUCGGCAGACAUUGAUACACAUCCAUUACUAGAUAGUGUCGCUGUGAAAAGUGUUUGUGAGAUGGGAUAUACUAAAGAACAAGUUGUAAAACCAUUACAGAUAAUCAAGGACUCGGGACAAGAAUUAACCGCUCAUAAUAUCGUGCAAAUUUUACUUGAUGGCGAGGAUGCGAUCAGAUUCAAUACAUCUCCAUCUACACAAGCCACUGAGAGUGUAGCAACGCCUAGUACUUUAUCGCCAAGUACCCCAAACUUACGAGAUGAAGCAGAAAAAAUAUUAGAAGAAAACCAACAAUUAAAAGAACAAAGAUUAUGUAAAGUGUGUCUAGAUUUAGACGUCUCUAUCGCCUUUCUACCAUGUGGACAUAUAGUGUGUUGUAAAGACUGCGCACCUGCUAUGAGAAAUUGUCCAAUAUGUCGCAAAUACAUAAAAGGAACUGUUAAAACAUAUCUUGCAUGACAAGAAAAUAUAUGUAACAUUCAA